CAUGUAAAACGAUGAACGAUACUCUAGUUUCAUGGACUGCUGGCACAACGGACAACGUACUAGCAAGGAGCAUAGUCUCCGACAAUAUAUACACAACUAUAAUCACAAUAAGGUCAUGCCGGAUAUCUGAAGUGGAAAAUGAAGCUUUUAGUAAUCUAACUGCUCUAGAAUAUCUAGAUUUAUCUCGAAACAAAAUUCAAAUAUUGAACUUUGGCGUUUUUGAGGACACAAAACUACUCAUUUCUCUAAAUUUAUCGUACAAUCAAUUGGCUUAUUUACCUAUUGGAAUUUUCGAUCAGAUGACUCGUCUCACUCAUUUAGAUCUUAAAGUGAAUAAAAUUAACACAGUCGUCUUUGGUAUCUUCGACAAAUUACAAGAAUUGGAGUAUGUGGAUCUCUCUGACAAUGACAUUAUGGGCCGAGAGCUGCAUCCCCGUUUAUUUGACAAUAGACCUUUUAUAAAAUUUAUAGAUUUUUCUAGAAACGAUAUGAUGGCUGCCCCUGGGAACUGGUUGCAAACAUUCCAAUCUUUGCAAGUCCUAAAUCUUAACGGAUGCUUCCUAAACGAAAUUCCUGCUUUUGCAAUCAAACCAAAUCUGAGACCAUUAAAACAACUUGUCUUAUCCAAUAACCAAAUAUCGAAUUUACAAAACGAGUCCUUAUUUGUACAUUUGGAGAAUUUAGAGCACUUAGAUUUAUCCCACAAUAUAAUUGGAAAAUUCCUGAAAAUUAAACACAAGAAGAAGAAGAAAAGGAAGAAGAAUGUCGAUGGAGAAAUUUUUCAGCCGUUAAGAAGAUUGAAAACCAUUCUACAAAAUAAUAGAAAAGUUAAGAUAAUACCUGAAACUCUAUUCCGGAACAUUCCCAAACUAACGAAAAUCGAUUUAAGUGUAAAUAAGAUUGAAGAAGUACCUCUAAAUGCAUUUAAGGGAAGCCCACUGAAAGAUCUGAAUCUGUCGAACAACAAGAUCACAUAUUUACAAGACAACUUUUGUCUGGAUUUAAUGAACUCUGGAAGCAAAUUAAAGAAGUUUCUGUUCGACUCAAAUCCUUGGCAAUGUGCGUGUCUAAUGGAAUUUCUCACAGAAGUGAAAAUAUUAGGUAUCGAAUACAACAGUGCAAAGUAUGAAAGAAAAGAACUAGUCUGUGUGACGUCUACAGAAUUUAUUUGUAAAAGAAACCCAAAUGUGAUCGAUAUGUAUGUGAAUACGUACAGACAACUUAUGGGUUCAACUGCAAUAUACGUUAAUAAUGUCAAAAUGUCUGCAUCCUGGUCAUCCUUCAUUUUGCUGACUCUACUGAUCCUUAUUGAAGCAAGACCGAAAUGUACCACAACUGGAACUGUAGUCGUGUGUACCGCCAGCAAAACGGACUACAAACUGGUGAGAGGACUGGUCUCCGAUAACACCCACACUACAGUUGUCAAAUUAAAAGGAUGUAGGAUAAUAGAUGUGGAUUACGAGUCUUUCAAUAACCUGACCUCCCUAAAACACCUAGAUUUGUCUGUAAACAAAAUACAAAAACUAAAACUCGGUGUUAUUGAUGAACCGACACAACUCACGCAUCUGAAUUUAUCGUACAACCAACUCACUGGGUUCCCUCUCGGCCUCUUCGACCAAGUAACUCGUAUAACCCAUCUGGAUUUAAAAGGAAAUAAAAUCAGCAAUCUCGAGUUGGGAGUUUUCGAUUCGUUGCACGGUUUGAAAGUUUUGGAUUUGUCCAGUAAUAAUCUUGUGGGGAGAGAUCUCAAACCUUACGUCUUCGACCAGAGCACACACAUUAUCUGGUUAGACUAUUCACGAAACGACAUGAACAAUGCCCCUCAGAAUCUGUUGCAUGCACUUGAUUCGUUACAAUUCCUGAACCUUGACAGAUGCUUCCUUACCGAAGUGCCUGCGUUCGCAAUCAAGUCCAACCUCAGAACAAUGAGGCAUCUCAUUCUUUCAACGAACCAAAUAUCGAAUCUAGACAAUUCAGCGAUUUUCGUUAAUCUGGACAACUUGGAGAUCUUGGACUUAUCCUACAAUUUAAUAGAGCACAUUAAUGGUGAUAUCCUAGCACCACUCAAGAAGCUACAAAAAAUUGUCUUGAGAAGUAACAAAAUUAAAACAAUACCUAAUGACCUAUUCCGGAACAUCCCGAAGUUAAUAACAAUAGAUUUGUUCGGGAAUCUGAUUGAAGAUGUACCUGUGAAUGCCUUUAGAGGAUCCCCAUUGAAGAAUCUGAAUCUAUCGAAUAAUAAAAUAACAUAUCUACAAGAUAAUUUUUGCCUCGAGUUAAUGAAUUCCGGAGGUCAAUUGAAGAAGUUCCUUUUCGACCCUAAUCCUUGGCAAUGUGCCUGCCUCAUGGACUUGCUCCGAGAAGUGAAAAGACUAGGAAUUGAAUACAACAGUGCGAAGUACAAUGGAAAAGAUCCUGUUUGUGUGACUUGGAAUGAAUUUACAUGCAAUCGACAAUCGAACGCUAAUGAAAAUUAUAUUGACGCGUAUCAUGAAAUUAAAAGUACAAAAAAGAUCUUGUGGUCAAAUCACGGAACUUAAAUAAAUAUAAUGAUAAUGGAGAAAACCUACUGCCAGAGUACGCUUGAGACGAGUUAUAAAACUAAGUCAUAUGUAACUUGUGAGGCAUAUUUUUCUUUCUGCUUCCGUUUUUCGUGGCGAGACUGGAAAGUGAGACAUUUACUUUUAUGUUUUACAACAUGAUAUAAAAUAAAUAAAAUGGGAAAUAAAGUUUUUAGUAGUGACAGUACUCGUAACUCAAAUAUACUACCGCUUCUUUAAGAACGUGUGAAACUUAUAACAGCGCCAUCUAUAAUUUUAUGACUGAAUUAUAUGCAACAUUGCCAAUCAGAGAAGAGGAACAGUACCGACAUCUCUUAUCAUUCUCAGUACUCACGUUGGAAUUAGUUCUAUGUUUCUUACAUAGAUGUCUCUGUGGCAAAUUUUUCUUGCGUUGAUUUUUUAGAAAUCUUAUUGCAUUUUAAGUAUGUUAACGUUUAAGUCAGAGCUUUUCUUUUUUUUUCUGUUUGUUAAUUACACUUAAAUAGAUAAUAAAUUAUUUUUUUGA